AUGAAUCAAGAAAAUAAAAAUUCUGUACUAUUUGAGGACAAGGAAGUAGUAUCCAUGAAUGAGCAAGAAAUACCAAAGUGCUGUGAUGUAGAUCAGAAGACCUUACAAAUGAUUAUGGAAAACGCCGAGAAAAAAAUGGGAAACAUCGAAAUGAAAAACCAAUUGGAUGAUAUACGUCUAGAAGUAGACAAGCUGACAGCUCUAUUGGCACGUUCAAAUGUGAGUAAUUUUAGUGGAUCUUAUGGAUCAGCCCACACAAGCAACGCUGCAAUUCAUCUAACAAGUAGUCAUAAAGGAUUCAAUAAACCAUUUGACGGAGAAGUGGAAGUAAAGAUUGGACCAUGGGAAGCAAAACACGGGAUCACAUUAAAAUAUGGUAUUACCACACAUGACCUCGGUAUGUACAUGGUAGCGCCGGAGCACGGAAUAUAUUAUAUCUAUAGUCAGGCAUAUUUUCAAGAUGAACGGGAAGGAGAAGAUCGAAAGUUUGCAAGUUGGAAAGACUAUCUACAUUAUACAAUACGUGAGACCGACGCUUAUCAGGAUCCCAUCACUUUGAUGAAGAGCGGUCGUGCCGAGAAAAUCGAGAAGACAUCAGAUCUCUACUACAGCAGUUACCAUGGUGGCGUAUUUGAACUCAGAAAAGGAGACAAGAUAUGUAUGAAAGCAUAUCUACCAAGAAGUGGUAUAAGAUUGGAUUAUCGCCAGGAGUCGACGUUCAUGGGAAUGUAUUUAGUCAACGGCUUGUGA